AUGCUAGUACUAAGGAAGUUCAGAUGGAGGAAAUGGACGGCAGAGACGCUGGAAAGUACAAAGAUGACUAGGCCUAUUGAUGUGCACCAGUUGCUGAAGUCUCGGAGUGCUGGCCCGAAGUAUAUGAGCGUGGAAGAGCGCGAGAGAGUGGUCAUAGAGCACAGCAACGAUGAAGUUGAUUUGGGUGUAGAGUAUGCCAAGAAGCGUAAUGUAGAUGAGGUGGCCGAGGAUAGUGCUCGAGAGAGUAAGAAGAAGAGCAAACGUUUGGAUUUCGACUGGGAUCCCGCUGAUAAUACAUUGGAAGGGUACCAACCGAUUGUGAACCCUGUUAUAUUAGAGAGGAUACGGCAGCAAGAAGACCAAGGUGAUGAUUUGGAAGCGCAGUACUUGGGUAAGAGUUGGCGGGAAAAGCUGCUAGUGGAAAUGGAUGAGAGAGAUUGGAGAAUUAUGCGUGAAGAGUUCAAUAUUACUAGCAAAGGGAAAGGUGCCGUGAAGCAUCCACUGAGGAAUUGGAGUGAAACGAAUGUUAUUCCAACCGAUCUAGUGCGGGCGUUAACUGAGGGGAUGGGAUUUGACGAGCCCACUGCUAUCCAGAGAAUCACUAUACCUAAUGCUAUUUCAAGUAAUAAAUCUGUACCACGGGAUAUCCUGGGUAUCGCCUCUACGGGUUCGGGUAAGACGUUGGCGUUCUCAAUACCUAUCUUGGCAAGACUCGAUGCUUUACCUGCACGACCUGUAAAUCUGAAAACGCUGGAUGGACCUUUGGCCUUGGUACUGGUACCGACAAGGGAGUUAGCACAGCAGAUUUCUCAGGAGAUUAAUAGACUAUUAAGUGCUUGGGAGAACAAGAAAAACCUCAAUGCCGUUUCAAUAGUGGGUGGGCAUUCAAUGAGUGACAUAUCGCAUACUCUCAGGAAUGGUUGUGAUAUACUUAUUGCCACCCCUGGUCGCUUACUAGAUGUCCUUGAUAAUCAUUUAGUGGUUUUGAACAAGAUUCAGAGUUUGGUCUUAGAUGAAGCAGAUAGAAUGAUCGAUUUAGGUUUUGAAGAUCAAAUGAAGUCAAUCUUAUCACACUUGAUGGCAGACGAAUUAGCUGCAAGACAAACUAUGCUGUUCACUGCUACAUUAUCUUCGUCCGUGGAGUCCAUCGCCAAGGGCUACCUGAAGAAUCCAUUGCACGUAUCUGUCGGUUCACGUUGGGAUAGUGACAAACCGCUCAUUACACAAGUUGUAAGACAUACUGGAGAUGACGAUAAGAAAUUGUCAUUCUUAAAGGAUGAUCUUAUUAAGAAUGGGUUACCGGCUAUCAUAUUUAUCAACUAUAAAGAGACAGCAGAUUGGCUAACGCUUCGCCUGUCAGACCGAUUUAAUAUUGUAACAUUACAUGGUUCCAAAUCACAAUCCCAAAGAGAAAGUGCUAUUCAAAAACUGAAAUCAGGUACUGCUAACGUACUGAUAGCAACUAACGUAGCUGCGCGUGGUCUAGAUAUACCUGACGUGGCACUGGUAGUAAACUUCCAAAUGAGCAAGAAGUUUGACGACUAUAUACACAGAAUUGGUAGGACGGGCCGUGCCGGCAAGACCGGUAUAGCUGUUACUUAUUUAACUGGUGAAGAGGACCCACAGCUGAUCAAACAACUAGCCAAGUAUGUUAAAGAUGUCGAUCCUAACAAGGAAAACGAUUUCCCAGAAGAAUGCGCAAAACAUUUCGGCAUAGUUUCAGAGACGCGAAACAGGAUCAUUUAUUAA